CAACAACAACAACAACAACAACAGCAACAACAACAACAACAACAACAACAACAACAACAACAACAACAACAACAACAACAACAACAACAACAACAACAACAACAACAACAACAACAACAACAACAACAACAACAACAACAACAACAACAACAACAACAACAACAACAACAACAACAACAACAACAACAACAACAACAACAACAACAACAACAACAACAACAACAACAACAACAACAACAACAACAACAACAACAACAACAACAACAACAACAACAACAACAACAACAACAACAACAACAACAACAACAACAACAACAACAACAACAACAACAACAACAACAA